AUGGGCUUGUGUGCAGGAGUUCGAACAUUUUCUCUAAAGGAAUUGAAGAUUGCAACAGAUAACUUUGCAGAUAGAAAUAUCCUUUUUAGAUUCGGAUUUGCGGAGUUGUACAAAGGCCGGUUAGCGAAUGGCAUUCUAGUGGCCAUUAAAAGAUAUGAACAGUUACUCCAAUUUCGAAAGCAAUUCGAAACAGAAUUUGAAACGAUGAGCAUUGUUAACGCGCAUCCAAAUUUACUCCGAUUAAUUGGUAUCUGCGUAACGAAAAAAGAAAAGAUUCUCGUUCAUCCAUACAUGGCCAACGGAAGCGUUGUAUCAUUUUUAAGAGAUCGACCGGAGUCGCAACCUCCACUUGAUUGGCAAAUAAGAAAACAGAUAGCAUUCGGGGCUGCAAAGGGUCUAGCCUAUUGCACUAUGGAUUUGAACGUAAAAUCAUCCAUCGUGACGUCAAUGCUGUUAAUUUGUUCAGAGAAAAGUGAUGUUUAUGGUUAUGGUAUUUUCCUUCUUGAGCUCAUCACAGGGCAAAGAGCUUUUGAUCUUGGUAGGCUUGCUAAUGACGAAGAUGUGAUGUUACUUGAUAGGGUAAAGACACACGUAAAGGAGAAGGAAUGGGAGAGGAUUGUUGAUCCCGAUUUUGGAGGUAAUAAUUAUUACAUUGAAGAAGAAGUGGAGCAAUUGAUUCAAAUAGCUCUGCUCUGCAAACAAUACAACCCGGAGAGACGACCCAAUAUGUCGGAUAUUGUGAGGAUAAUACUACGGAGAUGGCUUACUAUCAAUGAAAGUUGGGAUACGGGGAUCAUUGUUGAAUUGAUCAAUGUGGUCUAA